ACUUGGAAUUUACAGGCGGUUUCUCCAGCAGGCAGGGGCAGGGUAUCUGUCUCUCUAAAACCGCCAAGUCUUCCUUUCCCUCCGAAAAGUGAUCACCUAAAAUCUUUCACAAUUACUUCCAAAGGCGAAGAGGACUUCCUGACCCUGGCUGCUUCCAGGCUUAGCCGCAGGAAGAGGGUGAUAGGGGCAGCUGUAGGGGUAGCGAUGGUCCUCAUCCUGUUAAUUGCCAUCCCACUACUGGUACACAGCUCAAAGACAACGACUCAUUACGAAAUGCUUGGGAGUUGCCGUAUGGUAUGUGACCCCUACACACCUCAGACCCAUGGGGCAGCAGAAGCGAGUCAGGAAUUGUCAGUAAUCUCACCACCUCCUUUUCUUCAGGGGGGCAAAGGUGACCAAGGAAGAAAAGGAAAAUCGGGACUGCGUGGGCCUCCUGGGCCACCUGGACCUCCUGGCCCUAGAGGCCCUCCUGGAGAACCCGGUAGACCAGGCUUGCCGGGGCCACCGGGUCCCGGGCCCGGGGGUUACAUUCCAUCCUAUAGCCCAAAGAUUGCAUUUUACGCAGGUCUGAAGAAACCCCAUGAGGGUUACGAGAUUCUGAAGUUUGAUGAUGUGGUGACCAAUGUGGGGAACUACUACGAGCCAUCAACAGGCAAGUUCACCUGUCCGCUGCCAGGAAUCUAUUUCUUCACAUACCACGUCCUGAUGAGAGGGGGCGAUGGCACCAGCAUGUGGGCAGAUCUCAUGAAGAACGGGCAGGUUCGUGCCAGUGCCAUUGCACAAGAUGCAGACCAGAACUAUGACUAUGCUAGCAACAGUGUAAUCCUGCACCUGGAUAUUGGAGAUGAGGUUUUUGUCAAGCUAGAUGGAGGGAAGGUCCAUGGAGGGAAUACCAACAAAUACAGCACCUUUUCAGGAUUCAUUAUCUACCCUGACUGAUCACCUUCCCUCCACCCCAACAACCUGUCCUGCCAUCUUCCCCUCCUCAGCUUAUGGAGUCUUUUGGUUUACAGAAUUCUGUAAUUAGAGGAGCCACCUACAGGUCUGAUGGCCUAUUGGAAAGACAGUUGAGUUUCUUGACUAACGCUCAUUUAUGCGGCCACUAAAAUAGUAGCCAAAAUCCAGUUGAAUUUUAUUUGGCUAGCUAAAUUUCAGUAUGUGGUCAAUGUGGCAAUCUUAAAAAGGAAAAAAAAUAUUUCACAAGGCGUUACUAUGAAUUAUAAAAUAUAUGUAUAUAUAAAUAAUUAAAUGUAAUUUAUUUGAAUUAAAACUUAAUUUCUGGCUGCAAAAUGUUAUUUUGACAAGAAUGCUGCUCCCCAUGAUAAAAAAAAAAUUUAUUAGACAUCUGCAUUAAAGAAUCUGGCGUUUAUUGAUUUGUAAACAGCUAGGUCUACAUGCUAUACUGUUUUCAUGAUGUUAAUAUAUCUGGUGUAUAUGUGUGUGCGUAGGUGUGUGUGUGUGCGUGCACGCGCUCGCGCAUGUGUGUGUGUGUGUGUGUGUGUGUGUGUGUGUGUGUGUGUAUGAAUAUAUAUAUAUAUAAUAUACAUGCACAUGCAUGCAUUCAAGCAUACAAUUGUGUACAACAGAUACACACUCACAAACACACACAUACAUAUGUACGCUAUGCUAUGUUUGAUUAUUAUAAUAUGAUCAUAGAGUCAUGUUAUUUUUCAGUGCAGUAGCACUGAGAAUAAGUGUUUAACUCCAUGAAAGUUAAUUAUAACACUAAUUAAAAGAAAACAAUGAGAGACAUUCUAAUAUUACACUAACCCGGAAUGUGUGCAAUACAAAAAAAAACUCUUAACCAGCCAAAUAAGGUACUUUUCAUAUGCUUAUGCCUCUCUUCCUGAAGAUAUAUCAUUAUAUAGCUCUAUUAUUUUAUUGUUUCUUACUGACUGAUUGUUAAAUUUAUUAGACUGUAUCUGUGCUGGAAUAGAAAAAAAGGUGAUUUUUUUCAGUGAGGCAUAGAACAAGGUUGUUUUAUCAGUUAUCUGUUUGACUGCAUUUUCUAAUUAAUUUUACCUUGUGCAUUUCCUUUUCUGAUAUUGGUUGGUGAUGUUCUUAGUAACAUAAACCUUUCACUUCUAAACUAGAUUUAGUCAUUAUACCUGCAUAUAUUUUCUAAGGAGAUUAUAUCAGUGAAAAUGUAAAACUUGGAAUCAUUAAAUUAAAAUAAUAUGAGCGUGUGCUGGCAUUUUUAACUCAGAAGAAGAUUUGAGUUUUGGGAAUUGUAUUCCCUGGGGUGUCCAGUUUUUGCCAUGUUGAGCUGCUGGAUGGGUCAAAGCAAGAUAGGGUCAUUUGGCCUGCUGUAUAGGAUCAGAGGAAGACUGCUUUAUGUGAUCAACUGGAUGGGAACAGGCAAGGUGUGGUCAAAUAAUUUCCAUAAAGACAUGGUCACAGUCAUGUCAGUAAUAUAAAUAUGACUUGAACUCAAACAUCUUUUCAGGUUUCUUUUUCCCCUAUUAAGUUAAAAUAUGCUAUUGUGUCUGUUUAGGUGUUUAUAUUUUAGCUAUUCAACAUUUCUCCAGGACUGGCAUCAUGGAGCAGUAAACAAUGCAAAACAGUAUCCUGUUCCUACACUUGCAACUAUGUUUCAGACAUUGCAGUCUGCACUCCUGAAAACAUUCUAGAUAUCUGAAACACACUGAAACUAUCAGCAAAGAGAUGUCUUCAUUCCACCCAGUGUACCGUUGUAUUGAACUGCUAAAAGGAUGGACUCCAGUGACAGGGUAAGUUACUUCCUUAGGUUCUGUCAUAAGUUAUCCUGUUUCCCUUAAAAAAACACAAUGUGCUGUCUAGGUAAUCUAUACAUUCUCGGCAAGGUCUGAAGAGUCAAUAAUCAUUGUAUAUCAAGCAAAACUCAGUUUUAUUCAUCUAAUGUUCAUUUGGAAAAUGUACAAUUUUAAGUAACUUAUUGUAUGUAUGCUUGAAAUAUCAUUACUCCACAUCAUUACCCAAUGUGCAGUCCUACAGCUGAAAAUGAACAUGUCCAUGUAAUAAAUGAGGAGACAUGUGGAAUGACAUUAAAGCUAAUUGUUUCA